GAGAACGCGGCGUCAAUGAUCGCCUGCUUCGAUUAAUUGCAAUGCAAUUGCGCGACUCAAGUGCGCGAACGCUCUACUAUGCACCUCAUCAUCACAGCCUCAACCUUGAUUGGGUAAUGACAUGUAUGGUAGCAGAAGACAACGCGCUCCGAAGUUUGCCUACUAUUUGAGCGUAGACCCGCCUUUUGGCGAGGGUCGCGGAUAUUUACAAUCGACAUCAAAACAAGAUAAAAGCUUGGCUCGUUUGCAUCUGAACACAACUCUGUCACCGCCUCCGCGCUGCGACACGGUCGGGAUACCACGAAUUCCUUAAGUAACGCGCAGAGUUCAUGAUGAGUCGAUCGAUUUUGACAACCUGCCAAUCUUGCGUAAUCAAAACGACCAGUCAAUUGACCUUCUGCACACAUUGUCAUGAGCGAAUCAACACUUUCGCGAAGACUCACUGGCAAAGCUGCUCUCGCGCGCGUUGUCGAUCAUCCGUCAAACCGCACGUUUCUUCGUCGCAACCUCAAAUUCAUUCUGGACCGACACGAAAUCGACUUCCUGCGGAAGAACACCAAUGCCCGUACUUCUCAGGCCAUGCUUGCGCUCGAAGAUCGUCGCACCAGCUGGGACUAUCCAUCGACGGAUUUACUCGACGACUCUAUUCAUGGGAGCAAACCAGUUUUGACCAUUGAGGGCUUACGAAUUCGCGGACUCUCCGGCAAAGUUGCACCACCAGUGGAGGCCGAUCGUUCUUCGCCAACAUCGGACAGAGACGACGGUCUCCCGAACUGGUUACCACGACCCGAUGCACAGCGGCUGCUGCUACAAUGCCGAAUACAAGCAAGAAUUUACCAGCGUAAUUCACGAGAAAGCCCGCUUCACGUGGACAUGCGAAGCGGCACUAUUUUGCAAUGUGAAAACAGCGGCGGCCGACCAAGUUUCGACAUCAAGCUAGAUCAACCUUUUCACACCGAGUUGAGCAAGCUGCUCAUUGUGAGAGAAUGCGGUUCCGUUGGUGAAUCACAACGCUGGAGGAGGGCAAUGUCUGAUAGGUACUCGUUGGAGAUGACCAUAGAAUGUCUGGACUCGGAUGACGCUCAUCAGCUGUUGUCGAAGCUCGACAGUAUUCCAACUGGCGCGAGGGGUCACACAGUUCCAAGUAAUUGCGUGCUGCGGACUUUCUGGGAUGCCUUGCCGGAAUGCCCCACGUCCGGGAGCACUCUGCCACUUCUCUGCACAACGAAUAACACGACAUUGCCACUUGCAUAUGGAAUCGAGGUGUCUAUGGGCUGGAUUCAUCCCGAAUCGCCCCUUGUACAGUACAACCGCGGCUUAGUGAACGCAUCAAGGGCGCGCCACUUAUUGACACCGAGUGCGUCAGACGAUCUUGAGAAAUUGCCCAGCAAAUGGACCAUCAGAUACAAGUUUCGAGACGGGUUUCAAGUUCGUGAGCUGACCAAAAUCUCACUGGAAUGUGUUCAUUGUGGCAGCGGAAUUGAACAUUCAUCUUUCGCACGAUUAUACUUGCAUUAUACAAACUCACAUCAGUCAUGGGAGUAUCGAGCGGAGGGGACGGAGUGGAUGGUCUCCAGCGGCAUGACAGUGGUAUUGUGGAUUCAAGAUGCGGAAACGCCAAUUAGUACAGAUUCGUCAAGAGAUCGUAACAUGAAUUGGAUUGCACCAUCAUGUCCCGUAGACAUCGCCGCGUAUAUCUACGGCGAGGGGCCUUGGAUCAACGCAGGGCAUAACAAGCACAGAAGCCCCAUGAAGAGGCCCGGCCGUGCAAUGCGCAGAGAAAUCUCGACCAGCCUUGCAUUAAAACCAGCCAUGGCUGCUGCAUCCGCCCGGAACAAGGGAAAACGUCAUUUGCCAGAAGAGGUGAAAAAUCUGCCACUGCAUGUCAGAAAGACAUAUCAGGUGCCAAAUGUGCCCGGAGUGACCUUCUACCGAACGACGUCGAAGCAAGCUGUGCGUUGUGGCGAUGAGCUUUCCGAAAGCGACGAAGACAUUGAUGAUUAUUGGUUAACGCAGCGUCAACGGCGUGACCUGAUGCACCUCGGCGAUCAUGCCGCGGUUUGCAAAUUCCAUGAGCUAUUCUACGUCCAUAUCAACGAAGAACGGCCAUCUUCAGACAUUCACAUGCAGGAUGCAGUCGUCCGCUUUGCGCGAAAAUACCUCGAACAGUCAAGAGAUCCUAGAUGGGCAGAUGCCAUGCGAAAGAAGCUCCUUCAGUUGGAAACUGGGUGUGUCAUCACCGGGGCGACUGUCAAGUACUGUACCUCUUUGCUGGAUACAGCUGCAAAUUCUGCGCAGCCACAAGAGUGGCCUGUAUCAGCGCCUAAUCAGGCCUCAGAAGAUGCCCAACGUAUCUCUGCACAGACAAGAGAGACCGGGCUUUUGCGACCAAAUACAUCACGACAUACCUAUUCCCAGAACGGGACGAUUGCAGAAUCGCCGGUGAGCGAGAGGUCGCCUCGCCUCGAUCCUUGGGAUCCCUCGGACAGUGAUUCAUGGCUUGGCAAUCGGACUCGCUGGGUUGCUGGUAAGAUGACAUCAACAGAUGACGAUGAUAGAGCAAAAGAAAGACCUGCCCGAAAUGGCUCACUGCUCGAAGCAUCCACAAGCGGCACGACUUUCGAUACCCGUGUGGAUGCAAGAGUGCCGCAGGAUCGGUUUCAGACUUGCGUAUGUGGCAAGAUUGUCGCUGGGCUACGUGGUACAAUAGGCUGCUCUGAAGUAACCUGUGCACGAGCUUUUCACUUGAAAUGCCUCAAGUUGCCCAAGCGCAUUCCUUAUUGGCGAUGCGAGGAAUGUACAUCAAAUUUGCGACCGAUGACUGAAUAAUGCAGGUGUAUAUGAUUACAAUUGAGUUUUUCGAACAGUCAACAUCAAUGAUCCCGUCC